AGUGUGUGUAGCAAAAGCAGCUUAUACGAGGAAAAAGACUCCAUUUAAAAAUGUCACAAAAUGGUAAAGCUGGCACUGAGCAGAAGAUCAAGGAUUUGGAGCAGCUGCAAAUUUUGAAUGAUUCUAAGAAAAUGAUGACUUGGCUGGAAAGUGGUGAACACUACGACUGCACUUUUCUGGUUGGCAGCACCAAGGAGAAACUUUUCAAGUGUCACCGUUUGACGCUUGCAGCAAAAAGCCCAGCACUGGAGCAAAUACUCUUUGGUCACUUUGUGGAAGCUGGAAAAGGAGCCGAUGAUCCCAUCUCAAUGCCUGACGUCCAACCACCCAUCUUUGAGGCUGUUUUGAAGUACUUCUAUGGACGAGAAACUUCUGGUUUCUCAGAGAGCCUUGAUAAAGCCAUGGCCGUAUUUGAGUUUGCUUCAAAGUGGCAGGUGCCUGUUUUGGACAAAGUAGCUGCCACUAUGUGCUUCAGCUUUGAUUUCUCAGCGGAAGACCUGCUCAUCCUGCAUCACAUGUUCAGUUUGCAUAGUUUUGAAGAAGAGGCCAAGGAAAUCAUGGCUAUGAUCUGCCUUCGAGGAAGUGAGGUGCUGAGGUCUUUGGCGAUUGCAAACAAGGACACAUUUUUGGAGAUUUUAAGCAAGAAAAAGUGAAUGUUUUCGGCGAGAAAGACUUUUACGAUGCCCUCAUCAGUUGGUGUGAAGCCCAAGGAGGUGAAUCUAAUGAGGGUGGAGCUGUUGACACCUCUAUGAUGAAUUGUAAGGUCAGGGAAAUGGUUCGAGGUUUUCUCUCGCUGGUUAGAUUCAAAGCCUUCAAUGACAGAGACUGCUCUCCUUUUAUUGGUCAGGGAGAGAUUUUUGCUAUGCUGGUAGCCAGGCCUUUGUAGAUUGCAGCUAGGUUACAUCAAGGCAAGUAGUAAUAAAACAAAUGUCUGUGUGAGAACUUAGCAAGAGAU